CCUGUCAAUUUCCUGGCUAGAUUAUUUUUCAUGUCAGUUUCACAAGCUAUAUAGAGGGGUACAUUCUCUCUUUUUCAUUGGCUAAUCAAAACACUAUAUCGAAAACUAACAAGCAUAGAGAUAGUCAGGGGUGAACAGUGAAACCUAAUCAGAUCCGCCCAAUUAUAAUUCAUUUAAUACGUGUUUGGGUGGGAUAUGUUCGAUGAAUGUGAGCUUUUGACCCACAAAAUCAUCUGAUAUACUUUGUUAUUAAUUUACAUUUUGUAAAAAUACACCUCUUUUAUGUGUGUCAGAUUGUCAAAUUGUGAUUGAUUCAAAAUCAAAUGACAAUUAUUUUUCAAAAAUUCUGUUUGGCUUAUAGCAUAAAUUAUAUGUCGAUCCUUUAAAAAUAUACUAGCUAUCCAUAAGAUAUUUCUUGUUCACAAAUGGAGAUAAUUGAUGAUAGAACAUUAUAUGAUUAUGCAAUAAAUUAUGCAUGGUGAUUAUCAAUUUUCUUGAAUUCUAUAUUCAAUUAGCUUGCUUUCCAUAAUUACUUUAGUAUAUGGAUUUUUUUUUACGGAACAAAAUCGCCAAACCCACUUAGAAAUCAAGACAAGCAAAUGGGAGAUCAACGAAACUCUUAUGAGUUUGGAGAUAGGGUGGCUAUACGGUCCAGUCCGGUUUAAUUGACAGAAAUUGAUCCAGUCCGGUUUUUUCGGGAAUAUAAGGACCAAAAAUUGGAUUGGAUGCAGUUCGGUUUUGAUCCGGUCCGGUCUUGACCCAAUCUGGUUCCAAUUUGGUCUUGAUUUUCAGAUUGAGCUUGUGGGGAAUGGGGAUUUGAGUGACAUGAGGCCUCAAAGGGUGAGGAGUUGGUUAAACUUUGGGUGUUGGGUUCUCUUAUCCGAUUUUUAUCUAGUUUUCGAUCCGGUCCUAAACGAUUUUUUUAAUCUAAAAUCUAAGCCCGAAAAUGAUAUUAAAUUGUUUGUUAUCCGUCCUGAUCCGAUCACGAUCCAAAUUAUACAAUUCAAUUUCGGAUAAAACUAAAAAGUCCGAACCAAAUAGCUAGCCCUACUUAGAGAUGUGCUGCAAACCGUAGCAAUUUGUCUGCACUACAAGUCUACAACCGGAUUACAUGAAAGCCCAAUCUUUUGAACGAUUCGAACAGUAUUGAGCUUAAAUCCAAGCGCAGAGAGCCUAGCCCAGCCCAAUCUAAACUUAACCGUAGCCCACACAAUUCACCAGUGGGACCACCAUGGGAAACCAAAUUAGGUUUUUUAGCUUGACGGCAACGCGGCAACAGCUGACUUCGCGCCGCCGGGAGGGAAAGGGUAAAAGAAAAAGAAGCGGCAAACAAUUCUAACAUUCUACACUCUACUCUUGAGCUCGAGCUAUCUAUCCCUUCCUUUCUGUUUUCCAUCAAUGGUGAUCGGCACUUCUUCGAGGGUUUUCAACGGCAGCAGCCAUCUCUCGUCGUUGGCUCCAUCGACAUCCCCGGGACACCGAAAACCAAGUUCGAUUUUCCCUUCGAAUGCUUUCCUCCGCUUCUCUUCUCCCUCACCUCGCCGAUAUUGCUCUUGCAGCAUUUCUGCGCCGAAGAUGAGGAAAGACGACGCCCGAGUGUUCGAGCUCUCGAAUUUGACGGCCUUAUCGCCGUUGGACGGGCGGUACUGGAGUAAAGUGAAGGACUUGUCUCCAUACAUGAGCGAAUAUGGUCUCAUAUACUACCGCGUACUUGUUGAGAUCAAAUGGUUGCUGAAGCUUUCACAGAUUCCUGAAAUCUCAGAGGUCCCUGAGUUUAGCCAGGAUGCUAAGUCGUUUUUGGAAGCAGUGAUUGAUGGGUUUAGUGUGGACGAUGCUAUGCAAGUUAAAAACAUUGAGAGAACGACCAACCAUGAUGUGAAAGCUGUGGAGUACUUCUUAAAGGAGAAAUGUGGAUCACAUCCUGAGAUUGCUAAGGUGUCAGAGUUUUUCCACUUUGCUUGCACCUCGGAGGAUAUAAACAAUCUUGCACAUGGAUUGAUGCUGAAAGAGGCAUUAAGUGGUGUCAUUUACCCUGCCAUGGACGAAUUGAUCAAAGAGAUAUCUAGCAUGGCUGAACGAUAUGCUUCGAUUCCUAUGCUUUCUCGCACUCAUGGACAGCCAGCGUCACCAACAACAUUGGGAAAGGAAAUGGCUGUGUUUGCUGCUCGGUUGAGCGAUCAAAGGCAAGAAAUUUCUCAAGUUAAGAUAAAAGGAAAGUUUGCUGGUGCAGUUGGAAACUACAAUGCUCAUAUUAGCGCAUAUCCUGACAUUGACUGGCCUCAGAUUUCCAAAGAGUUUGUUGAAUCUCUUGGGUUGUUUUUCAAUCCAUAUGUUACUCAGAUUGAGCCACAUGAUUAUAUGGCUAGGCUUUUCUAUGGAAUCACUUUGUUCAAUACAAUAUUGAUUGGUUUUGAUAGGGAUAUCUGGGGGUAUAUAUCCAACGUAUACUUCAAGCAGAUAACAAAAGCUGGUGAGAUUGGGUCGUCAACUAUGCCUCACAAAGUAAACCCCAUUGACUUUGAAAACAGCGAAGGUAAUCUUGGGAAAGCUAAUGGAAACUUAUCUCAUCUAAGUGAGAAGUUGCCCAUUUCACGUUUUCAGCGGGACUUGACCGAUUCAACUGUUCUGAGAAACAUGGGUGAAGGCCUGGGACAUUCUCUUUUGGCCUACAAGAGUACAUUGCAGGGUAUUGGAAAACUUCAGGUUAAUGAAGCUCGUUUGGCUAAGGACUUGGACCAGUGGUGGGAGGUGCUUGCAGAACCCAUACAGACAGUGAUGCGACGAUAUGGUGUACCAGAGCCAUACGAGAAGCUGAAAGAGCUGACAAGGGGAAGAGAUGUUACGAAGGAUAGCAUAAGAGAGUUCAUCGAAGGCCUGGAGCUGCCUGAAGAAGCUAAAUCGUACCUGCUGGAGUUGACACCCCACAACUACAUUGGAGCAGCUGCCGAACUGGCCAGGACUGUUGGUCUUCCUGACAAUGUGGUGAUUGGGGUUAGAGGAAUCAGAGCAACUCAAUAACCGAUUUCACCAAGCUAUAAAGCAGGACUCAUGGGGUGAAUCGGAAGUUCAAACUCAAUUUUGAUUCUCGUGGCUUGCAGUCAAGUGUACUAAGGCAGCGAAGGAUGAAUAACAAUAUCUUGUGGCAAAGUUCUGCAUUUGUCUAUGUAAGAUUACGUGGGGAGUUUGCUUCAACUUGAUUUUGAUAUCUGUUACUGUAGAUUCUUGGAAGCAAAAAAUGCAGGAUUUGGCUGAUAACCUUAUUGUUCAGAUUUCUUUUGGUUGAAACGUAUUUAUGAAGCGUAUGGGGUUAUGAUAACUGAUAAUGGCAAGUUGAUUGGCACAUGGCCCAAGAAGAUACCAGAAUGCAGUUAGCUGCUAAUGAACUACAUGCCAUGCA